UUAUGUUUGUAUUUUCAGAAUUUCUACAAUAAAAUUUUAUUUGGUUCGAUUUUUCCUUAUCUUGCUAAGAAGUUAUGCUGCAGUUCUGCUGGAGUUAUAAUAUAAAAAUAAGUAUUAGAGAGGCAGAUUUUCUUUAUAAUGUGAAGCGUGAAUAGUUUGUGAGUUAGUACCCUUCCGAGUUCUUAGUUUUCAGACUAUUUAGAUAGCAUAUGUUUUCACUGGAACUAUAAACCCACUUCAUAGAUAUUGAGAGGUGGAAAUGGAACCAAACUAAUGCCUUCGUUAAGCCCAAGGAGUGAAUCCCUCAAUGUUUGAAUGAGGUAAAUAAUUGCGAAAGAGUUGAGAAUAUGACUUCCUCCCUUGGGAUUAUGAAAAAAAGUAUCAGAGAAUACCUUAGCUAUGUGGAGAUGAUUUAAGGAUUACUAAAUCCUCCAUUUGUUGGAUAAUACAUUACAAAUAAGAAGAAAACUUCGACCAAAGUGCUAGAAAAGUGUAGUUAUACUCUAAUAAAUCCUGAAUAAACUCAGGAAUAAUUCGAAAUAUAUUUAUUGUCGAGGGUACUGAAGAAGUUUCAGUUAAUAUUUUUGAGGUUAAGAUAUAAAAUAUAUUAUAUAUGAUGUACUAGAUCCAUAAAGUUCGAAAAAAAAGCAAUUUAUAAUUCCAGUUCUAUCUCUUUAUCUCUUUAUACCUCCACUCUCUCUCUAAAUCUCUCGACUUCUUUUUAAGUUUUGAAAUUAUAAUAUAUUUUUAGUCGAGAAGCAUGACUAGUUAAUCUAUAAAUAUGAUUUUUUGUUUAAAUAUGUAAGAGUAAAAGAGAUAAAAAUUACAGCGUACUGAUUUUCCUAUCAUUACUUCCAAUAAGUAUUUGAGCCAUUACUUGACGAAAUCUUAUCUAAAAAGACACUUGCAAAAAAACGCGGUAUAAAUAACUACAACUCUCCUUCAGAUAAGAACCAUCAAUGUACAAAUGUACAAUGUUUUAUGGCGAUAAUACCGUUAUCACUGAGUGUCUAAGGUAAUUACAAAUGUCAUGCAUGUAAAACAUUAACUAAUCUGCAAGUGCUCUGAUUAAAAAUCGAUAAUUAAAAAGCAAAAAAUGCUUUGCACUUGAAAAUAAGCGCAUAAUGCAACCCUGCUCAGACAUGCUGCAACACAGGAAGGAAGUCGAAAGUAGUGAGACAGCAUGAAAGUCGAAAGCAAGCUUUGCCAAGUAGCGCUCGUGCUAAAGCUGGAUACUUUGGGGAAGAGAUACAAUGCUUAAUGAGCGUAAAUAGCCCAGUAAAGAGAGAGCGCGGCACGCGAAAAUUGAGCAAACGCAGCAAUGUGGAGUAAUUGAAGCGACUAAUAUGACUCGCGUUUGUUACGAACACACGAACGCGUUUGGCUCCCUGCUUUCGUUAACUUUCACAGCGCAACGACGAACUAUUAGCUACUACCAUGUGCGGCUGUGAGACGCUGGCGCUGGCAAUGUUCUUGCGCCUAUCACUAUAUGGCUCUCUGUCACCAUCUCCAGCGCUGGUGCGAACAGUUCGCUUCCAGCACUCUUCAAGCGCGUAUCGGUUUUGCAAAUACUCGUAUACACACAUUCGAGCCACAAAAAAAUAUUUAUUUUGAUUUUCAUAACGCGCCGUCGCAACGUUUACGGUCACGAGCGCCAAAUACAACAAAAAAAAUAUAUAUUUAUUUAUUUAAGUUGUUUCAAGAGACAACAAUCAAUUUUACUUAAUUAUUUGCUUACGUACUUACGUAGUACUUAUGUAGUUAUUUGUCAUUUACGCGCUUCUAAUGUACAUAAUGAGCAUGACUGUGUUUUACUUAUUGGCUUUCAAGUGAUUUGCUGAAUUUUGAAAUAAGAAAAAAAAUCGAAUUUUCGAAAACCCAAAGUGUCUGUCAAGUUUUUUUGCAAAAAGUAAAAAUUUAUUUUUUUAAUGGAAACUUAACUCCAAGCCGCAUUGCCAAUUGGUUUUCUGCUGUACACAGUUUGUUUUAGGAAGUGCUAAUCGUAUAUAUUUAGUUACACGCCUAAACCGUUAAUUGUCGCGAAAGAAAGAAACAAGUGCAAAUGCAAACAAAUACAAAAGUUUAAACUAAAACUAAAAAAAGUGCAAAAUUAUUUAUAAACCCACUAAAUAGUUGUGUAGUGUUUCCUAGUUUGCCCAUGCAAGGCGCUUAAACGCAGCAAUAGCGGGCAUAGAGCACUUAAAAAUACAAUAAAAGCAACAAACAAAAGCGUAAACAAACCAACUAAAUAGGCGGGCGUGACAAAAAGGGGCUCCACAAGGAAAAGGGCUGCUGUCGUCACGUCCAUUUUGCUUUCACUCGAAGCGUGUCAAAAAAAUCGCUUGAAUGCGCAUUUGUUUUGACCGGCUGUGCUUCGCUACCAAGAGGCCAGCCAAUACAGCAGAGCACAGUGAUAGUGAUUCACCGCAUUCACUACCGCCCCCACCACCCGAUCGGUUGCAGUUUAAUAAUAAUGAGCAGCUCAAGCGCAAUGUUAUAACAACCAAACCUCCGACUAGUAGUAAUCACAAACACCAACAACAAUCGCCUUCCGCACCGACACAACCCGCUAAUUUGUGGUUACUUAGCCAGAGUAAUAACUCAAGUAACGGUAAUAGCACUCAGAACUAUAGCAAUGCACCAUUUGGUCCCGGCACCAUACACAACACCCUAGAUCCACCAGCAGCAAAACAGAACGGCGCACCACCCACCACCACCACAAACGAGCUAAACGCGCUGUACACAACCGCCGCAACAACAACAACAACAGCAGCGGAGAGUGUAGCAAACGUAGAAUCUUUGGCGGCAACCAACGCCACAGACGAGCGGCAAUCGUUCCGCCAAAAGUCAACAAUCAACGUUGGAAGAAAAUCGACAACAACAACAAAUUGUAGUGAGAACGACGAAUAUAAUCAAUUUAAUAAUAGCACAGACAGCGGCAUUGGCAGCAGUUUAAGAGGCAGCAGCAGUCGAAAUUGUCUGGCGAAAACAAACGCGUACAACAACGCGGUCAGUGCCAACGAGGUGCGAGAAAGUAGCAUCUCUGUUGGUCAUCCCGACCCGAACGCCUCCGCAAUCGCUGACACAAACAACAGCACCGUUACCGAGGCGAACGCGUGUAUACCAACGGUUCUGCGUUCGAACGCCGACAACGUCACGGCCAACGGCGUUAUCGCUUGUGGUGAAGAGACCGACAGCGCGUACACGACCGCAGCAAAGAAAGGGGCAGAGACAACAGAGGUUGACGACGUUGACGCUGAGCGAACAAGUGAAAACGCCGCCACCAUGCAGCAGGAGCCGAACGCCAAUUUUCAGUUCCAACCCGAUCUGGGACUGGUGAACAACAAUAGUUUGCCCGCGCUCACCGGACUCGGCAGCAAUACGGGUGCCAUACGUACGCUUACGUUACCGCUACAGCAAGACGUGAUCACGCAAACAUUCAUUUACGGCGCCGUACCGCCAUCCGCCGCGCAACACAUCAACUCAUUGCAACAACAAGAACUGCAAUUACAACAUCGCUACCAUCAACUGCAACAGUUGCAGGCGCAAACGCAAGGCUUAUUCCUGAACACAAACGCACCGGGUACCGUUGCUGCUGCUGCUGCGGCCGCAGCUGUUGCCCAAGGCGGCGGCACAUCCUUUGUGGUCGGUACACCGCCACAACUUUACACAACGACUGCAGCUCAAGCGGCCGAUUUUUGUGCGGCGCAACAGCAAAAAUUGCUCAACGAACAAAUGCAAGGACUGUGUAUAGCAGGCGGUAACGCCGCGCCGGCCAAUGCGCCGCCAGCGAAUGCGCCCACCAUCAACUCACUACUCGAUUCCUCACCAACCAUGAAUAUACUGAAUAACAGUUAUGUGCCCACAUCGGCGCAGGAGGAGCGUUUCAUGCAGAUCAUACAGGCGAAAGAGCUGAAAAUCCAGGAGAUGCAGCGUGCGCUGCAGCAAAAGGAUACCGAAAUUGCCGAACUGAAAUCACAUCUGGAUAAGUUUCAAAGUGUGUUUCCAUUCAGUCGUCACGCCAGUACGGCCACUACGCCGGGCGCUGGUGUGCAACAGCGUAAAAGUGGUCAGGCCUAUCAACGACAGCGUGCGCAGGGUAUCUCUGCGGAGCCGCAAAGUGAAUCCUCAGUGCUGCUGGAGCCGGGCGCAUUGCCGAAAUACGAUAAGGAUGAGAGAUCACGUGAACUCAUCAAAUCAGCCAUAUUGGACAAUGAUUUCAUGAAGAACUUAGAUAUAACCCAAAUACGCGAAAUUGUCGACUGCAUGUAUCCCGUUAAGUAUGCGGCAAAGAGUCUCAUCAUCAAGGAAGGCGAUGUCGGCAGCAUUGUUUAUGUCAUGGAAGAGGGUCGUGUUGAGGUGUCACGUGAGGGUAAAUACCUUUCGACACUGUCCGGCGCCAAAGUGUUGGGUGAAUUGGCCAUAUUAUAUAACUGCCAGCGUACAGCGACCAUAACCGCUAUAACGGAAUGUAAAUUAUGGGCCAUCGAACGGCAAUGCUUCCAAACGAUAAUGAUGCGUACUGGCCUCAUACGGCAGGCGCAAUAUACCGAUUUUCUCAAGAGUGUACCGAUCUUCAAAAAUCUGCCCGAAGAUACACUCAUCAAAAUCUCAGAUGUGCUCGAAGAGACCCACUACCAGAUGGGUGAUUAUAUUGUGCGUCAAGGCGCACGCGGUGAUACCUUCUUCAUCAUAUCGAAGGGGCAAGUGCGUGUGACAAUCAAACAGCCGGAUACGCAGGAAGAGAAAUUCAUACGCACGCUCGUCAAAGGUGAUUUCUUCGGCGAGAAGGCGUUGCAAGGUGAUGACUUGCGCACAGCGAAUAUUAUAUGUGAUUCCGCCGAUGGCGUUACUUGCCUGGUGAUCGAUCGCGAGACGUUCAACCAACUCAUAUCGAAUUUAGAUGAAAUUAAACAUCGCUACGAUGACGAAUGCAUAGGCGAGCGUAAAAAAAUCAAUGAGGAAUUCGACAAUGUGAAACUGACCGACUUGCGCAUAAUCGCCACGCUCGGUGUUGGCGGUUUCGGUCGUGUGGAGUUGGUGCAAAUUAACGGUGAUAAUAGCCGCUCGUUUGCGCUGAAACAAAUGAAGAAGUCACAAAUUGUCGAGACACGCCAACAACAGCAUAUCAUGUCCGAAAAGGAGAUUAUGGGCGAGGCCAAUUGUCAAUUUAUUGUGAAGCUCUUCAAAACGUUUAAGGAUCGCAAAUAUUUGUACAUGCUGAUGGAAAGCUGUUUGGGCGGCGAAUUGUGGACGAUCUUACGUGAUCGUUGUAAAUUCGAUGAUGCCACCACACGCUUUUACACCGCCUGUGUGGUGGAGGCGUUCCAAUACCUGCACUCACGCAACAUCAUCUAUCGUGAUUUGAAGCCGGAAAAUCUGUUGCUCGACGAGAAGGGCUAUGUGAAGCUGGUGGAUUUCGGUUUUGCCAAGAAACUGCAAUCCGGCCGUAAGACGUGGACAUUCUGCGGCACACCGGAGUAUGUAGCGCCUGAGGUGAUAUUGAAUCGGGGACACGAUAUUAGCGCCGACUACUGGUCACUUGGUGUGCUGAUGUUUGAGCUGUUGACGGGCACGCCACCAUUCACCGGCUCGGAUCCAAUGCGUACCUACAAUAUUAUACUGAAGGGUAUUGAUGCCAUCGAAUUUCCACGCGAUAUUACACGCAAUGCCAGCAAUCUGAUCAAGAAACUGUGUCGCGAUAAUCCCGCUGAGCGUUUGGGCUAUCAACGCGGUGGUAUUAGUGAAAUACAGAAGCAUCGAUGGUUCGAUGGCUUCUAUUGGUUGGGUCUGCAAAACCGUACACUCGAGCCGCCGAUCAGGCCGACCGUUAAGAGCGUCGUAGACACCACCAAUUUCGAUGCUUAUCCACCAGAUCCAGAGGGUCCACCGCCAGAUGACUUAACCGGUUGGGAUAAAGACUUUUAAAUGAAGGUCAAUGGAGUGGGAAAUCAAAAAAUUUAUUAUAUAUCUUAAUAAUAAUGAAUGCUGAAAUAAGUUUAAAAAAUAAGGCCAAAAUGCAACACUGUAAAAAUGCACAUACACAUACAUAAUAAAUAAAUUUUGGCUGUUAUAUUAAAAAAGAAGAGGAAAGGGAAAAUAUUUGUAAAAACAAUAUUUUGCUGUUUCUAAACACUACACUGUUAAGAGCGCGCAUAUAAUUAUGUAACUACUGCUAAAGAGCUGCAUAAUUUUGCAUAUACACAUACAUAUAGUACUACAUUUAUUGCUAAAAAAUAAUUAAUUUUCGUAAUUAUAUUAAUAUAUACACAUAAAUAUAUUUUUAGUGUGUACUGGCAAAGAAUUUAUAUUAAUUUUAAUUAAUUAAUUAUUUUUUAUUAAUUGCAUAUUUUCAUACAUAUCAACAUUUGUAUGUAUGUAUUGACUCAAAAAAGGAGUAGAAUACACACAACUUUUAUUUUAUUUUCUAUUAAUUUGCUGAAAAUAUUGUGUAUAUUGGUUUCAUGUUUUUAAUGCUUAUAUUUAAUGGCAUACAUACAUACAUAUUUCGGUAUACGCAACUGUAUAUUAUGAACAACGAAACCUUUGCUUUAAUGUUAGAUUAUACGAAAUGUGUGGGCAAAAUGUAAAAACUAUGAAAUUGUUUAAUAAUUUUUUUGUAAUAUUUGAAAAAAAAAAUUAUAUAUUCGAAUGUAUGUAUGUGGUCAAUUUUUAUAAAAGCUCAUACAUUUAAUGAAAAAAAUCUACAUAGAUAUGUAUAUACAUGCAAGCAUACUAUAUUGAGGGUUUAACGCAUAAUACAAGCUUACAUAAUAUAAAUUAAUAUAAAUGUUAUAUAUAUACAUAACUACUACUUAGUUUUAGUUUUCUAACCUUUAAACUUGUUGAAUUUGUGAGUGAAGCGUUUGUUGCCACACAAGUGUAGAUGCAAAUAUGCAAACAUAUAGAAAUUAAUAGAAUAUACAACAAUUUAAGUGCCUUUUGUUAUUUUUUAUCGCAUACAAUUGCAUGAUUUGUAAAGCAAAGAAAAAAUAUUUAAAUAUCUACGAAAAUAUUUGUUAGUUACUAACUUUAAAAUUUAAAUAUAAACUAAACUAAAUAUAUCUAUUAUAUAUAUUGUAAAUUUAUGUAUGUAUGUAUAUGAAUAAAAUGAUGAACAACUAUGAA